AUGCAGGUCAAGUCCGCCCUCUCCGCCGUGGUCUUUUGCGCUAUUCUCACCCCGACCUGGGCUGGGUGGUCAGUCGACCAAUCGUGUGGUCCUGCGAAAAGCAACAUUGAAAAGGCCGUAGAGAACGUCAUGAAGUGGCCAGCAGAGGUCGCCAAGUCUCUAGGGAAGGACAAAGAUGUCGAUGAACUCGCAGCACGUUUGUUCAACACGGCAGACUUCCCAUACGUCAAAGAUAUCAUCGCGAAAGUUGGCGCUCAAAGCGCCAUGGGCAACAGCCAGGUCGAUGAUCCAAUAAUCUAUUGCACGCAGAAACGACUUAAGAAAAAGAUUCGGGCUUCGAACCAGGAAGUGUAUUAUAACGACACCUUAGGCCAUUUCACUAUCAGCGAGGAAUUAUUCGAGGAUUGCGAGGGAAAGGAUACUACGGAGGGAAAGGAUACUACGGAGGGAAAGGGUACUAUGGCCUAUACGAUCGCUUUUUGGGAAAAGACCAAAGCAGGGCGAGGCCAGACGACUAUGCAACUAUGUCCCAAGUUUCUCAAGGAUAUUCGCCAAACACCGAUACUCGACGGCAAAGGCAAGCCGCAGAACAAGAAAAUGCACGACAGCUACGAGAUAUUGAUGAAUAUGUACGGACAUAAGGUCCACAUCGACGACUUUGCGGGUCUCGAGCUCACGCUUUUCCAUGAGUUUGUUCACACGCCCAAGGUCAAGCCAAAGCCGCAAAUUGAUGAUCAUGGAUACUUCUGGGAUGAUGCGACGGGGCUACCCAAAGACAAAGCCCUUGAUAAUGCCGAGUCGUAUGCGCUUCUAGCUCUCGGGACUUGGCUCAUCAACCACAGAGCGGCCCGCAUUAAAAGUGACGGCAUGAUAGAGUGGCUAGAAGAUGAAUUGGCGAUGAAGAAACGCACUGCGCAGCCUUGGACUGCCUGA